AAGUUUUUUCUCACUGUUAUCAGUGUUUGUUUUGCUAAUUGCCUUAUAAUCUGAUCUUUGUUGUCGUUACUAAAAAUAUUAUGUCCAUUUAUAAGGAUUUACCCGAGGAGCAUCCAAGGAAAUUAAUUCCAGAGCUUUGUAAACUAUUUUACAAUUUAGGUUGGGUCACCGGAACAGGUGGGGGUAUCAGCAUUAAAUUCAAUAAUGAAAUAUACAUCGCUCCUUCCGGCGUUCAAAAAGAACGAAUUUUACCAGAGGAUUUAUUUGUGCAAGAUAUAAAAGGAAACGACAUUCAAAUACCACCUGAUUACAAAUGUUUAACGAAGAGUCAGUGUACACCGCUUUUUAUGUUAGCUUACAGACAUCGUUCAGCAGAAGCAGUAAUUCAUACGCACUCACAAAGUGCUGUAAUGGCUACGUUGUUGUGGCCAGGAAAAGAAUUUCGAUGUACCCAUUUAGAAAUGAUUAAGGGUAUUUAUGAUGAAGAGCAAAAACGGCAUUUGCGGUAUGACGAGCAACUGGUAGUUCCAAUAAUUGAAAACACUCCAUUCGAGCGUGAUUUGGCCGAUUCUAUGUACGCUGCUAUGAUGCAGCAUCCAGGGUGUAGUGCUAUACUCGUACGUCGACAUGGUGUGUAUGUUUGGGGAGAAAGCUGGCAAAAAGCAAAAACAAUGGCAGAAUGUUAUGAUUAUUUGUUUUCUAUAGCUGUGGAAAUGAAAAAAUCUGGACUUGAUCCUGAAAUUUUCCAGACGUCGUAAAAUUUUUCUAUAGCUGUGGAAAUAAAAAAAUCUGGAUUUGAUCCUGAAAUCUUCCAGACGUCGUAAAAUUUGUUUAAACUCAUAAUGUUUGUCACUAUUUUCCAUAUAAAUAAGAGACUUUAUAUAAUUUACAAUUUGACUAAAGCAAUAUAAAUUUUGUUACGGUAGUUAAUGGAUAAAUGCACCCGCUUGAAAACAUGUUCAUGCAUUUCUCUGAGAAUUACUGUACUUAUAAAAAUACGACGCUUGACUUUUUUUAUGUUUCUCUAGAAUUGCUAGAAAUUAUUUUGAUUGACUUUUUGCCGCGUAAUGCUAGGCUUUAUUUUGCUGUGAAAAGUUGCCAGUGCGAAGAACACACAACUCUUAAGAUUAUUUUGUUUUUAUGAGAAUCCAAUACAUACAAUUGGGUAUAAUUAAGAAUUUGUAUACUCUGUUUACACUC